CGCAGGAGAAAGUACAAAACUGAGCUGAAGUUCAUUAAUACAUGUGCGAGUUUUCCUUGGACUCAGGAUGUGCGUUUGUUUUUGUUCCAAGGUUGCCGUUUCUAGCACACAUCUGGAAAAUUUUGCUCAAUGGCAAAAAACAAAACGUUUCGCUGGCUUCGUUGUUUCUGUUCGACGCUCGUGUUCAAGUGACGUGCUUUUCGCUUGAACGAACACCAAAUCGGGACAGGCACGAAUAUUGUUUUUAGUGAAUUUCGAGACGAGACGUCGGACAUUUUCGAAUAUCGGAACAACUAAUACAGGCUGCUGGCUAUGUCAUCGGUGACGGAAUUCAAGGCGAAAGACAUCGGGCUAAGAGCUCAGAAGAAAUUGCUCAGCCAUGUAAGUAACAAGAGCGUUGCCAAAGUGUUCAUCGAUGAUACAGCAGGAAGCCUUCUCGACAACGUGUAUAGGCUGGUGAAAAAUAUAACUGGAAGCAAGAAAGAUGCUGAGAAGAUAACCAAAAACAUUAUCAAGGUGGUGGUGAAGGUUGGCAUACUCCACCGUAACAGCAAAUUCAGCGCGGAGGAACUGGACAUAGCCCAACAGUUCAAGAGAAAGUUCCACUCUGUGGCAAUGUCCAUCGUCAGCUUCUACGAAGUGGAAUUCUCGUACGACCAGCAGUUCCUCGCGGGAAACCUGCGCGACUGCAACAGUCUUCUGCGCAACUUGGUUCGAGCUCACCUGACCGAAAAGUCCCUCGGCAGGAUUGACCACGUGUUCGGCUUCUUCACGCGGCCGGACGUCCUCGACGCCACCUUCAGGCGCGACGGUGAGCAUCGCGAAGUGCUCGGUAAGAUAGUUGCCGACUUGCACAAGUCUCUCGAGGAAGGAAACCUUUGAUCGAAGAGGCAUGCUGACAGGGAACUCUUGGAAACGCCACUUUGAGACGCUGCUUUUUUUCUUCAAUUUAAUUUCUCCUUUUUUGCUGCUGGAGCACUACAUGAGCGCGAAAUAGCUUGACAGCUGGUUUUGUGCACCUGUCAGCUUUAACAUAAUGUGACUGUUGGAUUGGAGUAUGAAACUGAUAUCGUAUUUUUGAACAGAUUUAAACUGCAGUAUUGAUUGCGAGAUAUGGCAGGAUUCUUAUUUCCAGGGGGGGAGGGGAGUCAAACCCACCUCACCUGACAAGGGACCCAUUUCCAAGGUGCCUCUUUUUGGGGAAGUGAGAAAAUCCCCCCGAACGUGCCUUUUUAAAGGAUCAAUCCAACUGUGCGUGUGAUCCUUCGAGACACAUGUUUAUCAUAUUUUUAUACCAGUGCCAAGAUAACCGCUUCUUCUAAACUGGUUCUGCGUACUAGUCUCGAGCAAGCAACAUGGCUGUACAACAGCGGUUUCAGCACUGACUGUCUCAUUUCGGUAGCAACCAGUGCCCCGUGUGCCAGUAGACACACCACGGACGAUGGUGAAUGCUUGCCUGGGGGGCCACGAGGCUUGAAAGAAACGUUGCUCACAAUAAAAUCCCAUUUGCGGAAGCGCCACGUACUGCA